AUGGCCCCAAAAUUCGACAUCACCCCCAAACAGCGAGCAUCGCAACUUGCAUUCAUUCAACGCCAGCUCUUUAGGUCGCCUCCCGCAUGGACUCAAAACGACGCAGAUCUCAGCGGGAAGACUGCUAUUGUCACAGGUUCCAAUACAGGCCUAGGAUUUGAGUGCAGCCGUCAGCUUCUGGAUCUUGGCCUCGACAGGCUCAUUCUUGCUGUUCGCAGUGAAGCAAGUGGUGAAGAGGCGAAGAAAACAUUGUUAUCAGGCCUAAAGCCCGGCAGAACUGCUGCUAUAGAAGUCUGGAAGCUUGAUCUAUCGAGCUAUGACUCGAUCAUGGCGUUUGCAGAGCGCACCAAAACGCUUGAGCGUCUUGACAUAGCCAUCCACAAUGCAGGCCUCAUAAAGAACGGUUUUCAGAAAAACAAUUCCACAGGUCAUGAAGAGACUAUCCAAGUCAAUUAUCUUGCCACAGCUCUCUUCACCUUGCUGCUACUCCCAGUAUUGAAGGAGAAGAGCAUCUCUGGACAGCCUGGGCACCUUGUCAUUGUUUCGUCCGAUACAGCUGCAUGGGCGGCGUUCAAAGAGAGGAACUCGGAACCGCUGUUGGCUGCUUUUGACAACCCCAAAUCUUUUGAUAGCCAAGAUCGAUACGCCACGUCUAAAUUGCUCGGUCAAAUGUUUUUAACAGAGCUGGUCAAGAGGGUACCGUCGUCUGUCGCCAUAAUAAACGCUCCCAACCCUGGCCUAUGCAAGUCGAGUCUUGCUCGCGAAAUGACCAGCCCAUUUCAAAAAGUCUUUAUGGUGGUAUUUUAUUUUCUUCUUGGGCGUCCCUUGUCGGUUGGAGCACGCGCCUUUACGGAUGCAGCCGUAAAACAAGGAGCGGAAUCCCAUGGGCAGUAUCUCGAAGAUGGAAAAGUCCAGCCAAUGCCACCGCUUGUGUAUGAGCCCGAAGGCGAAAAGAUUGCGGAGAAACUUUGGCGAGAAACCUUGGAUGAGCUUGCUUUUGCAAAUGUUGCCAAGAUUGUCGAUUCUUUAAGUAGGUAG